AAAUUGCAACUUUUGGAGUUCAUGUUGUUUUUGCAUUCUGGGCUGAAUCCAAGUAGUGACAUCAAAGUGGAACAUCGGAUCAUGCUCCUCCCCUGUGAACGAACAGGUUUCUGGCCACAUCACAAGUGGUGUCAUAUCAGCUAAAUGAAAGAGAGAAAUGAUCCAUCCUGUUACCAAGUAGAACUAACCCUCACUCAGAAUCUACUGAAAGCACCGCUGGCUGACAGGGCAAAUGGCAGAGCAGUAUGAACAGGCAGAAUUCAUCAAAGAUCGGCUGUACUUUGCUACUCUCCCUGUCAAACCAAAGAACUCUGCAAACACACACUUCUUCAGCACAGAUGAAGAGUUCAUUUAUGAGAGUUUCUAUGCAGACUUCGGGCCCCUUAACCUCGCCAUGCUCUACAAAUACUGCUGCAAACUCAACAAAAAGCUCAAGUCCUUCACAAUAUCUAGAAAGAAACUGGUCCACUACACCAGCUGUGACCAGAAGAAGAGAGCCAAUGCUGCCGUUCUCAUCGGUGCCUACGCUGUUAUCUAUUUAAAAAGGACACCAGAUGAAGCCUACAGGACUCUAAUCUCAGGAAACAAUACAGCCUACCUGAUGUUCAGGGAUGCAGGAAUGGGCGAGUGCACUUUCAACCUCUCUGUCCUCGACUGCUUACAGGGAUUACACAAGGCAUUACAGCACGGCUUCCUGGAUUUUGAAACAUUUAGUACGGAAGAAUAUGAACAUUAUGAGCGAGUUGAAAAUGGAGACAUGAAUUGGAUCAUUCCUGGAAAGAUUCUGGCAUUCAGCAGCCCUCAUGCACGAAACAAAGUAGAGAAUGGUUAUCCUCUCCAUGCACCUGAGGCGUACUUUGAACACUUUCGCCAAAAUAACGUGAUUGCUGUGGUUCGCCUGAACAAGAAGCUGUAUGAGGGCAGACGCUUUGAGGAUGCAGGGUUUCAACACCAUGAUUUCUUCUUCCCGGAUGGUUCCACACCCUCAGACCUGAUCAUUAGACGCUUCCUGCAUGUCUGUGAAAGCAGCGAAGGAGCCGUGGCCGUGCACUGUAAAGCUGGCCUGGGCCGUACGGGCACCCUGAUCGCCUGCUAUCUGAUGAAGCACUUUCGGUUCACGGCGGCCGAGGCUAUUGCAUGGAUCAGAGUCUGUCGACCUGGAUCAAUUAUUGGUCCACAGCAGAACUUCUUAGUAGAGAAGCAGCACAGCUUGUGGGUACAGGGAGACGUGCAUCGCUCCAAGCUGAAACUUGCCCAACAAAGGUUCAGUCGACAGCUGCAGCUGCAAAAGCAGCAUGGGCAACAGCUCCAUCUGCCCGGCUCUGACCCAGUGACACGCAGCAAACAAGAGGCAGUGUUUUCAAGCAUGGUUUCAAGCAUGGACGAUCUGUCAAUCAAAACCAGUCUGUGCAAAUCCUAUAGUUUGGACGAAAGUAAUUGUAAGGAAAGCAGUCUAACCCAAGGAGACAAUCUGAGAGCCCUGAAGGGGAAACGGACACCCAGACUAGUUUCUUCCAACUCCAGUGAGUCAAACGUGUCCCACUGUUCAAUCCCUCCACCACCAAAGUCACAGAAAAUCAGACUUUCUCUUCCUUCGUCUUCUAAAAAACUUGUGCGAAGUUCCUCAUCUGUCACACAGAUAAAGAGCCCCUUCAGCCUCAGUCUAUUCAGCUCCAGGCCUGCUCUGAUUCACUGAGCUCAACUUGGGAAACUAUGUCACAAGAAGGACAGUGAAUGAAUUGCAAAACUGGAUCAAAGAGGAUCAGAAAAGGCCUUACAUCAGCAUAUCGUUUAUAUGCAUUUAAAGGACCUGGAAUGUGCAUCUUUGGUUUCCCAGAACAUCAGAUUGACGUUUCUUUAUUCUGAUAUCACCCAUGAAUAGCUGAUGGUGUAGCAACAAACUCUGAAACCUCUAUAUCAGGGGUAAACUAUAAAAAAAUCAGCAGGGUCCGAAUAAAGAAAAUCAACAACCAGUAAAGGUCCGGGGACAUUUUAAAUUAUAAUCUUUUACUUUAAACAGAAUUUAAC